GUGAUCUGUCCUCCUCGCGGCGGAAGAAGCGCGCCCCCCAGCGGAGAAGAGCGGAAAAUCGUUUCCAGGCCGUGCGCGCUCCCGCGCCCGCCCCCUUACUGUCACGCGACAGAAUUUUACCAUAAAGCCACAAAAUACUAUUUUCAAAAGACACCAGAAUCGGAUCCAGUGUCAGCUGAAGAGCGGGAGAUUUCCUGACAGUUCUCGAGGGCUGAGCGGAAGUGCGCAUGCGCAGCAGACUUUCGGUUUGACUUGAAAGAGAAAGUGAAGUUUGCUUCAUGAACCUUCGUUUCUAUCCAUGAAAACAAGAGAAAAACACAGAAACGCGACUUGUUCUGAGCUCAAUCCCGCCUGUCUUUGGUGAAAGAGAUGUCGAAAGGAAACCAUAAAAAUGACAGCAGGAACGUACGUUCGGUUCUCCAACCCGACCUCCCUGAGAACAACAAUAUGAAGCCAGAGCCUGAUGACCACAGAGGGACAUGCUCCGCCCACAAGGAUGAGAAGAGAAGCCUGAUGAUGGCUGACGGUGGCUCAGAAGAAGACAGGAAAGGCUCCGCCCACAAGGAUGGGAGUGGAAACAUCUCAGCGAUAGCUGGGUUUGACCCGGAUGGGGGCCGGACGAACCCGUCGGGGCACGCCAGUGGAUCUGCGGGGUACCCGGAGAUCCAACGCGGGAUGGGAGGAGAGGAGCAUCCUUCAUGCUGGAAGCUGGACGACCUGAAGAAACUCUCAGACUGUGAGGAGAACCUGGGUUACCUGAAGUUUGAUAGGAUGCACGCCGUCCUGGUGGAUGUGGGGAUCCUCUAUAACAGUCACCGCCUAGUUCCUAUCAAAGGAAAGGAUGCUUGGGACAGUAACCACGUGAAGAUGCCAAACUCUGUGAGGAAUCAAAUUGCACCGAACCAGGGUCCCAAAUGGAAGCAGAUCUCCAAGCAUCUGUCUGGUCUCGCCCGUCAGAAAGAAGCGGACGUCAAAGACGUGGCGAACGCCAUCGGCCACUUCAACCCCAAGUACCAGAGUAGGUGGACGUUUGAUGCCCUCUUCUCCUUAGUUAAGACGACCCCUCCCUCAGAAAACGACCUGCACAAACUGUUUCCAAAGAUCGCCGCUUUGGCCUUGAAGCUUCCUGAUGAGGUUCAGAAGGCCAUCCCUCUGCUGCAGCGAGGACACGAUGCAUCCAUCUAUCUGUCUCGGGUUCAGAUCGCCUGCCUGCUGGCCAACGCUUUUUUCUGCACCUUUCCCCACCGCAACGCCUCCAACCGCACCGCAGAGUACCACAGCUACCCCUCCAUCAACUUCUCCAGUUUGUUCGGAAAGCCGCUGAAUCGCAAGAUCCAGAAGCUGAAGGCCAUCAUGCACUACUUUAGGGUGGUGACGGAUGAGAGGAUGCACGAGGGGACAGACAAAGCAGAAGCAAACGGCCUGGUGACGUUUGAGAGACGAUGCCUCAGAGACGCAGACACGCCCUGCUGGAAAAGCUGCACGGAGACGCUGAGCAAACUCCACGUCACGUCCAGAGGCCACAUUGAGGACGACGGGGCCGACUUCCUGCAGGUGGACUUCGCUGCCAAGGUCAUCGGCGGGGGGGUUCUGGACUCAGGUCUGGUCCAGGAGGAAAUCCUGUUCCUCCUGUAUCCUGAACUGAUCGUGUCGCGGCUCUUCACGCAGGAACUGGACGACAACGAGUGUCUGAUCAUCACAGGUUUGCGGCGGUUCAGCAUCUAUGAGGGUUACAGUGACAGCUUCCAGUGGGUGGGGCCUUAUGAUGCCACCCAGAAAAGGGACAAGUGGCGCCGGCUGAAGUGUCAGAUCGUCGCCAUCGACGCGCUGCACUUCAAAGACCCCAAGCAGCAGUACGACAUGAGGGCCAUCGAGAGGGAGCUCAACAAGGCGUACUGCGGGUUCAGGCGCUCCGAUAAGCUGCAGGAGCCCGACAUCGCCACGGGGAAAUGGGGCUGCGGAGCUUUUAACGGAGAUCCACAACUCAAAGCUAUGAUCCAGCUGAUGGCGGCGGCGAAGGCCGGCAGAGGUUUGGCUUUCUUCACCUUCAAGGACCAUCAGCUGGCCAAAGAGCUGCUGGACGUCUACCAGCUGCUGGUCUCCAGGGGGUUUACAGUUGGUGAGCUGUAUGAACUUCUGGAGAACUUCUGCACGGCGGUGAGAAGACACAAAGAUGAAAGUCUGUUUGACUUCAUCAGGAAAUCCUGGAGUAAACUGUGAAGACGCCUGUGCUCACGUACGUCAAAGACGGAAGCUCAAUAUUAAAGUUUGCACUCUUUGUUCGGCCGUUUAAUCAAAUGUUUGAUUUGGAGAGAAUCAGACGAAGGAUGCUGAUCCUGAAGAGGAUCCAGCUGUAAAAACGUUUCUGCAUGUGCUGUGAAGUGAAAUAUUUAAUAUUUUGAACGGUUUAAAGAUAAUAUGUGAAGCAUCUGUGAUCAAUUGAUUUGGUCUGAAUGUGAUCUGAGAGUUCAUCUAAAUCACGUGUCAAAGUCAAGGCCCAGGGGCCGGAUCCGGCCCUCCAGAUCAUUUAGUGUUAUUGUUAUGAAUGUCCCGAUGUUAUCUGAUGCUCAUUUACUCUUCAGCGUUUUUGACUACCAAUUUCAGCAUCUUUAGCGGCCACAAUCAGUUUACAGUAUUCACACUAGUAUUAUCACAGGUAAUGCUGUAUAUCUAGUUCAUUAUUAUAUUAAACAGUUACAGUUUUAAAAUGUAUUUCUAGAGUGUUCGUUAAUUGUUUAUCCUGUUCGGCCCGCGACCUCAGGUGUGAUUUGGAUUUUGGCCUUUUGUGUGAUCGACUUUGACUUUGUUCUUUACUGAACACUAAAGACACGUUUGACUCAAUUCAUGAACUUUAAUGAAGGAUUUUUUCCAUGAAUGUCCAAAGUUUGAACUUGUCUGAUCCGCUGUAGAUUCUUUAUUUGCUGCAAAGAAUAAAACAUUAGAAAAUAAA